GCAUCGGGCAGAUUCAUAAAUUUUCACUCCCAGCACCCUUAUAAUCAAAAAAUAAACAUGAUUAAAGAAUUAAAAAAUAGAGUAUGCUAUAUCUCAGAUGAAUCAUUGCUGAAAAAGAACCUACGUAGGUUGUUUGAGAUUUUUCAGAAUAACGGUUACCCUAAAAAUACCCUUAACAGAUUGAUACACAAUAGGGAAUCAAGGUUGACAACAACAACUGAACAAACAAACAGUUUUAAAUUCAUGAGGAUUCCAUUCGUUAAAGAUUUGACACCCAACCUUAUAGGAGUUUUGAACAAAUUUGAAAACAUCAAACUCGCCAAAUAUAAUUUGACGAAGGUAGGUGACCUGUUCUCGAGGACCAAGGAAAGGACACCAAUAGAAUUAUGCACUAAUGCAGUAUAUAAGAUCUCAUGUCAACAUUGUGAUGGUUGUUACGUGGGCCAAACGCAACAAUGGUUGAAACAAAGAAUCACUCAACAUAGAAGUGAUUGCCGUAUUGGAAAGAACUCGUGUGCUUUAGUUAGACACUGCCAAGAAACUGGGCACAGUUUUGCUUUCGGGUUUGAUGAUAUCAGAGUGUUGGAGACAGAUUCGAAUUACAGAAAUAGGUUAUUCCUCGAAAUGUUACAGAUUGGCAAGCAGCAAAAUGCAGUGAACUUUAAAUCGGACACGGACCGUAUGAGUGCGAUUUAUAGUGACCUCUUGAAUAUUUUAUAGUGGUUUGAAAAUUAAAACAUAGAUGGUUCUGUGUCUUCAUUUUGUUGUCUUCUCAUGAGAUGGCGUAUUGUGCCUACAGCGUAGUAUCGUUCCACCGUUAGCUAUGUAAUGUAUAAUGACUGGGGAUUUUUCAUGUUUUUUAAGCUGAUUUCUGAGAAAUUUGUCAUUAUUAAUGUUAAUUGCAGUCGAUAUUAUUGAUUAAUGUUUUGGUACAUCUUUUUCUCCUGAAGAAGUUGACAACUGUCAACGAAAUAUUGAGAAGUAAAGAUAAAUACAGAACUUAUUGGCUGUUUUACUUGGAAUUAGACCACAUACCCGAUAAAACUAAUUUAUUUAAAUAAUAUAUGGU